AUGCAUAUACUCCAACUGUUCACUGCCCUGGUGGUGGGAACCUCUCUGGGGUGCACAGCAGCUUCUGAAGCUUCUGAAGUGAACACAUGCACAGUGAUGGCAUGUGGCAAUCCAGGACUCAAUGGUUUACCAGGCAGAGAUGGAAGGGAUGGCGCCAAAGGAGAGAAGGGAGACCAAGGGGCUGGACAGAAAGGCCAACAGGGUUUCCCUGGAAAGGCUGGACCUCCAGGCCUAGAGGGCCCAAUGGGAACACCAGGACUUGUGGGUCAUAAAGGACAAAAGGGAGAAACAGCAGCUACUGACACCUUCCAGCGGCAAGUGCAGGCUCUGGAAAACAGAUUCCAGGCUCUUCAAGCUGAAUUUAACAGUUACAAACAAGCGGUGUUAUUGCAGGGGUUGACGGUUGGACAGAAAACUUUCAUUUCAACUCACCAGCACGAGACUUUCGCUAGCGGCAGAGCCCGGUGUGCCAAAGCAGGAGCGGCCCUGCCCUGCCCCAUGAACGCCGCCGAGAACGCCGCUGUUCAGGAACUAGCAAAGAGAGGUUCCAAGUUCGCUUUCCUCAAUAUAAACGACAUCCAGACAGAGGGCAGUUUUGUCUGUGCGAAUGGAGCAGCAGUAAGGUACACCCACUGGAAAAAGGGAGAACCCAACAACUACAACGGAGUGGAGGAUUGUGUUAUUAUCAUACCUGAAAAUGCGCAGUGGAACGACUUCAGCUGUGACCAGAGCGGUCUGAUCAUUUGUGAAUUCUGA